UCACCUGCAAAGCCUGCGGCGUCCCAACUCGCCGCUCGCGUCGCGUGCACCCGGAGGCCGGCCGGAUCGGAACUCACAUGGCCAUGGCCAAGCCGCUCCUGAGCUUGCUCGCGCACCUGCACGCCGCGCUCCUGUUCCAGCCGGCGGACCCGGCCGCCGGCGCAAUGAUGUACAACGUGCUGCGGUACGGCGCCCGCCCCGACGGCGCGGCGGACGCGGCGGGGCCGUUCCUCCGCGCGUGGGCCGACGCGUGCCGCUCGACGCGCCCGGCCACCGUGUUCGUGCCACCCGGCCGGUACCUGGUGUCGAGCGCCACGUUCACCGGCCCGUGCCACAGCCGCGCCGCCGUGACGUUCGCCGUCGCCGGCACGGUCGUCGCCCCCGCGGGCUCCGGCGGGCGCGGCUCAUCAGGGCGGUGGAUCACGUUCGAGAACGUGGACGGCCUUGUCGUCUCCGGCGGCACCCUCGACGGCCGCGGCCGGGCGCUCUGGGAGUGCAGGCGGCGCGGGCAGGGCAGCUGUCCGACCCCGGCGUCGUCGCUGACGAUCGCGAACUCGAGGGACGUGGUGGUGGCCGGGGUGCGGUCGGUGGACAGCGAGCUGUUCCACCUGGUGGUGCUGCAGUGCCACGGCGUGACGGUGCGCGGGGUGACGGUGGAGGCGCCGGCGGACAGCCCCAACACCGACGGCAUCCACCUCCACAUGUCCAGCCAGGUGUCGGUGUACGACGCCAGGAUCAGCACCGGCGACGACUGCAUCUCCAUCGGCCCGGGGAACUCCCACAUCUGGAUCGAGCGCGUCGCCUGCGGCCCCGGCCACGGCAUCAGCAUCGGGAGCCUGGGCAAGCAGGAAGGCAUGGCGGUGGAGGGGGUGCAGAACGUGACGGUGAAGACGACGUGGUUCACCGGCACGACGAAUGGGCUGCGGAUCAAGACGUGGGGCGGCUCCAAGCGCGGCUUCGUCAGGGGGGUCACCUUCGCGGACGCCACCAUGUCCGGCGUCGACAACCCCAUCAUCAUCGACCAGCGCUACUGCCCCACCAGCGGCGGCGGCUGCCCCGGCGGGAGCUCGAGCAUCAGCAUCAGCGACGUCAGGUACGUCGGCGUCCGCGGCUCGUCGGCGACGCCCGUGGCGGUGAGCUUCGACUGCAGCCGGAGCAACCCGUGCAGCGGCAUCCGCCUGCAGGACGUGGCGCUUACGUACCGGAACCGCCCCGCCGCCGCCAGGUCCUACUGCCGGAACGCGCGGGGGAGCACGCUCGGGCUAGUGCUGCCGCCGAGCUGCCUCUGAUCCGACACGACAGCGCCGAACCAGAUCGAUGCAUCGCCAUGUCACGUGUGUAUAGAUGCAUACGCGUCGGGUGUAUCAUGUAUAUGUAGUGAGUGCUUAGACUAUACGUGACACGUACCGUAGAUGAAUAGUAGAACAUACAUCUGUUGGUUGGUUUGUUCUCUCUUUGCCUUUUCCAUAAAAAAAAUGAUUAGUAGAUUGCAGUGAUUAGGCACAUAUAAAAGAGGUCACUGAGGAUCGAUCAGCCAGAUUGCAUCGUGUAAUUAUCAAACAUCAAUCUUGCGAAUAAGACCGUGCAAUCA